AGUUAGUAUUGAAAUAUUACUAAUGCAGAGAAGCUGAAAGUCCAAAACUAGUUUAUUCUUUCUUGUUUAUUCUUAAAUAGUGGUCUGAGGUUUUAAAAUGCUUCAUUUUUAACUAAAUAUUACAACUGAUAGGAUCCAAAAGCUGGUUAGAGGAUGUGAAAGAGGUUUAGGGCAGCUAUAAAGUUCAAGUGUGGACAUGCCAGUUUUUAUAGUAUAUUUAGAUCAGAUAUAUUUUUUUUGCACAGAUAUCAUUUUGAUUUUGUUGACUAUAAAUGUCUGACCUGCACUAUUUGACCAUUUUUUGUUCCUUGUUAUAAUGAAAGAACUUCUACAAAGAAGAAAUUACUUUUCUUGCUUUUUCACUAGUAAUCUGACUGCAAUCAGAAAGUGAUGCACAUUGCAAUACUGACACAACUUCCUGCACUCUGACACAGAAACACCAUCAGAGGGCUGAUUAUUUGGAAUGCAGCCCAAUUUUUACCCUCAAAAUAUACGAAAGACAAAACCUGCAGUCAGAAAAAGGUGGAGACAAUCAGAGAUAGUUGGAGAAAGCUGAAGGCAGUCACACACAGGUGGAGAAAGACAGAGACAGUCAGAGACAGAGACAGUUGGAGACAGAAGGAGGCAGUCUGAGACAAGCAUAAUCAGAGACUGUCAGAGGCAGUUGGCGACAGAUACAGUCAGUUGGAGAAAAUUCUAGAUAGCUGGACACUGUCUGAGACACGUGGAGAGAGCUGGAGACAGUCUGAGGCAGAAACAGCUGGAGAAAGUCAGAGAUAGUUGGAGAUAAUUUAUGUCAUAGACAGUUAAGGAGAGUUGAAGGCAGAUAAAGAAAGCUGGAGACAGUCAGAGGUCAGUCAGAGACAGUCAGGGACAGUUGGAGACAGAGACAGUUGGAGACAGUUGGAGACAGAGACAGUUGGAGACAGUUGGAGACAGAUACAGUUGGAGACAGAGACAGUUGGAGACAGUUGGAGACAGAUACAGUUGGAGACAGAGACAGUUGGAGACAGUCAGGGACAGUUGGAGAGAGUUGGAGACAGUUGGAGACAGUCAGGGACAGUUGGAGAGAGUUGGAGACAGUCAGGGACAGUUGAAGAGAGUUGGAGACAGUUGGAGACAGUUGGAGACAGUCAGGGACAGUUGGAGACAGUUGGAGACAGUCAGGGACAGUUGGAGACAGUUGGAGACAGUUGGAGACAGUCAGAGAAAUUGUAAUUGCUGUAAUUGCUGUAGCUCUGAAGCCUUUCUGACUUCAGUACAUUUGUCCGUCUUAUAUGAGAGCGAGGUUUGCGUUGGCUCCACCACAAACCCAGGGCUGCUCAUAUCUGUGCAGCUCAACACAGGAAGUGUUACACUGACACUUCUUACACUGCACCAGCUCUUCUGUCCACACACACACACACACACACACACACACACACACACACACACAAGGACAUACGAGAAGGAAGCAGGUUAUUCAGAACUAUCUAGGAAAGAACAUAAACAUCUACAUCCUGACAAAGGGACAACAUGCUCAAGCACAAACUGAGUUUUAAGUGGUUUGGGAGUCUGGGUAACCUUUCCUUUCGUCGCAAGUCGGACGCAGCAAAGGAAGCUUCCCAAAAGGAUGACUUGGCGCCCAUCGAUGAUGAUGAAAUGCGCCCUCGCUGCCCGAGCUACGCCCGUUCCAGUGAAAUGUACACCCACAUGGGCACCAUGCCUCGCCCUAAGAAAAAGAAAGAUAAGAGCAUCAAGUCUAAAAGUCAGGAUCAGAAGAGUCUUAAAAAUAAAACCAAGACCAAGAGCAGCCCCUUGAGCCGGAGUCAGAGCAUGAGAUGUUCGGACUACGUGAUCGAGUCGCCUCUCCUCAGCGCUCUCAAUGGCAAAGCGCUCUCAAGCCUGCACGAGAACAAGGUAGACAACAAGCUCACACCACAACACCAGAAAGCUGAGUCCAAGGAAGAACCUGAAGCUGUGAUCACUGAGCAGAGCCAUAAAGAUCCGGAUAACACACACUCAAAACCCGCAGAAGAUCCAGAUCCACCUCCGGAUGCUCUCCAGGAGAAACCAGCACUGCCUAGGAAGAGUAGUCUCCCUGUAAAGAUCUCUGUGGACCUGCAGGAGGAAAACACUUCCACCGUCAGUGAGCAUCAUCAACAGAAAGAAGAAGAGAAAAGAAAAACAAGUCCAGAUCCUGAAAGUCAAAAGGGAACCACAGACAGUCAAGGAGAGUAUGUAGAGUUCUCCAAGGAGAAGUACCUGUUGGAGUCUCCCCCAGAGAAGCUGAGGAAGGAGCUGGAGGAGGAACUCAAACUCAGCAGCAGUGACCUGAGGAGCCACGGCUGGUACCAUGGCCGCAUCCCACGAGAGGUGUCGGAGACGCUGGCUCUGCGCAGCGGGGAUUUCCUGGUGCGAGACUCUCUGGCCAACGCGGGCGAUUACGUGAUCACGUGUCGCUGGCAGCAGGAAGUGGUGCACUGCCGCAUCAGUAAGGUUCUGGUGAAGAGCGGACAGACGAAGGUGCAGUUCCUCCUGGAGGAUGAGACCUUCGACUCGCUGCCCACUCUGAUCCGGCACCACGCUGGCACCGGCCGGCCCGUGUGCCCGCGCUCCGGCGCUCAGCUGCUGUGCCCCGUCAACCGCACGCUGCCCCUCAGGUACCUGGAGGCCACGUUUGCCCUGGCGAGCGGGAGAUCGGGGUCACAUUCACCAUCCGCUCAGCGGGGGGCGCACAUCAAGAGACGCAGCGUCACCAUGACGGACGGCCUGACCACCGAGAAGAUCAUCCCACACAGCGAUGGCGAGUCGAGUGAAGCGGCCGACUCUCGAGUAUCAGACACCAAAGCGAAGACGGAGCAGGGAUGCAGCUGUCCAUCCACAGUUCACCAUAAAGACGCCAUGAGGAACUGUGCGCUCAGUAUGGACCAGAUCCAGGAGAUGCGCUGUCCCCUGUCCCCUGUAGGAGAAGCUCCUCUCUCACCUGCCUACACCUCCAUUUCCCGUCACAGACAUGGCUCGGGUGGGCGUGUCUUAGCCGUCAUUCCACCUUCGCCGGUGAUGCGACGAUCCAGCGAGCCCCACCUCUCCCCCUCCUCCUCCAGUAACAAUGUCCCGUGCUCGGACACGCCCCCCAACGCUCAUGGCUACCCCUCAGAUGGCUCAGAAGGAGGGGGCAGUUACUGCGAGCUGAGGCCGGGCCAGCCCCCAACGCCUCCAUCUAAGAGCUACGUGGAGAGGCUGAGGGUGGAGGAGGGCCGAGCACCAGGCUCCGCCCCUAGCGAUGGAGGAGAAAGCUUCACCAUGCCUCUGGUGGAGAGCAGUUCGUGCUUCAGACCCGGGCGGUACCAAUCAACCCUGCUUCCUGCAGAGAAUAAGCCCCUGGAGAUGGGGGUCCUGAAGAGGGUGAAGGAACUGCUGGCUGAGGUGGACCCUAAAACAGCAGCCAAACACAUCACCAAGGCUGACUGCAUGGUUGCUAGGAUACUGGGCGUUACCAAGGAGAUGCAAAGGAUGAUGGGAGUUAGUUCGGGGCUGGAGUUGCUGACUCUACCACAUGGCCAUCAGCUGAGACUGGACCUGCUCGAGAGGUUCUACACCAUGUCCAUAAUGAUGGCGGUGGACCUGCUGGGCUGUACGGGCAGUACGGAGGAACGAGCCGCUCUGCUCUAUAAGACCAUCCAGCUGGCAGCCGAGCUCAAGAGCACCAUGGGAAAUAUGUUCGGAUUCGCCGCCAUCAUGAGAGCGCUGGAACUUCCGCAGAUCUCACGCUUGGACCAGACGUGGAUGACGCUGAGGCAGAGACACACGGAGGGAGCCAUCUUGUACGAGAAGAAGCUCAAACCCUUCAUGAAGGGCUUAAAUGAAGGCAAAGAGAGCUCUGUGCUGUCGAGUACGUCUUUCCCACAUGUGGUGCCCGUGUUGUGUCUGUUGGAGAAGGGCGUGGCCGUGGGGGAGGGGCCAGAGCCGUGGGAUGCUUCAGAAUGUGGCGUGGACGUGGUCAUGAGCCACCUAGAGGCAGCACGCAGCAUUGCACACCACGGAGGCCUGUACCACACCAACGCCGAGAGCAAGCUUCACGACUUCCAGGAGAGAGAGGAAGUGUCGGAGAUCUUCUGCACGGAAUUCCAGAUGAGGCUGCUCUGGGGAAGCCGAGGUUCCGAGGGGAGCCAGAGCGAACGCUACGAGAAGUUCGACAAAGUCCUCACGGCUCUUUCGCACAAGCUGGAGCCUCCUGUACGCCACAGCGAGCUAUAGCACCACCCCCCACCCCCGUCUGGCACAUUGGUACUGUCCGUCACCUCACUGUCUUUCCCACUUCUGGGAGAGACCAUUAUACUUCUGGGAGAGACAGAGGAAAGCGAAAGAGGAAAUGGAAAAGGAGCAAAUCAAAUCGAAUCUGCGAAUAAGGCACAAAAGGGGGCGGGGUUUAUCCAGACGGGAUGGCGCCUCGUAUCGUACGGAACGCAGAACUACGGCAGGGGCGGAGUUUAAAAUCCUGACACCAAAAUCUCUUUUCUGACUCGGGAGAUGAGGGAUCGAGAAACAUCUUUUUCGUGAUCUCAGUCUGCAUGAUCAUCACUCCAUCGUCCCGGGACACUCAGAGAGACGUCACACUCAGUCACUCGUCUAAUGUCUUAAUGUCUUAAUGUAUGUUGCCAAAACCACUUUCUUUACAAACAUCUCAUUUUUAUACAUUUUUAUUAUUAUUAUUAUUUUUAUUAUGUUUAUUUUGAUUUCUGCGUACAAGGAGCAAUAUGUGGCAACCGACACACUCAGUACACAAUGCUGUGGAGAUGGUGGAGAUCUCAGUGUAGUCUAUGGGUGAGUGUGUAAGGUUGAGGAUCUCAUCCUGGACCUCACCCUGGUUCCUGCUGGAGAUCUCACCACAAAUCCUGAUUUAAAAAAGAGACUCAAAAUGGUUCCUGUUGGUGAUCUGUUGAAGAUCUCACCCUGGUUCCUGUUGGUGAUCUGUUGAAGAUCUCACCCUGGUUCCUGUUAAAGAUUUGUUGAAGAUCUCACUCUGGUUCCUGUUAAAGAUUUAUUGAAGAUCUCACCUUGGUUCAGGUUAAAGAGUUGAGGAUAUCUGUUGAAGAUCUCACCUUGGGUGCUUUGGAAAAUUAUAGCUUUCAUCCUGGUUACUGUUGAAGAUCUCACAACAAGUCAGGGGAAAUGUUUUACAGUAGUUCCUGUUAAAGAUCUCACACUGGUUCCUGUUAAAUAUCUGUUGAAGGUCUCAUCCCAGCUCUGUUUAAGAUCUCACCUAUCAACCUAGGUCCUCUUAAAGAUCUCACCCUAGUUUCUGUAGAAGACCUCAUCUUAGUUCCAGUUGAAGUUCUCACCACAAAUCCUGUUAAAAAUCUGUUGAAAAAAGAUCUCACCCUGGUUCCUCUCAAAGAUCACAUCAGGAUCUCACCCUGGUUCCUGUUGAAGAUUUGUUGAAGAUCUCUCUCUCUCUCUCUCUCUCUCUCUCUCUCUCUCUCUGGUUCCUGUUAAAGAACUGUUGAACAUCUCACCCUGAUUCUUGGUAAAAAUGUCACCACAAGUCCUAGUAAGGAUCUCAUCCUAGUUCCUAUUAAAGCUCCUCCCCAGAUUCCUUUUAAAGAUCUCCCUAUGGAACUCGUUGAAGCUCCUCUCUGAAGAUCUCCUGUGCAGACUGAUACGCUGAGGUGGUGGACAUGCUGCAUGUUGCUCCUUUACUCCUGUCACGGCUUUACCGAGAGCGAAGACUGGAGAGAAACUGUGAAGAGUGUAAACCUGUUGUGUGUUUGAGUACGUUUUCAUUUUCUCCAUUUUACACAUGUGUGUGUGUGUGUGUGUGAGGGAAAGUGUGUGUGUGAGGGAAAGUGUGUGUGUGUGUGUGUGUGUGAGGUCUUCUGGAUAAAGUCCAGUGUAAUAACUGGAUGGUGUGAAUUUUCUCUGUGUGAUAUUUUGGACAUUAUAAUAAUUUAAUUUAUAUUCAUCGAUUGAGGCGGUUUUAUUUUUCCUGCUCCGUCUCAGCGCAUGCUCCACUCUGGAACCCUGAAAUAAAACAUAAAGCAAAAAAUUAGACAUUUUUUAAAAAAAAUAAUGACAGUCUUUGUUUAUUUUUUUGGGUAGUUCAGUUUCAGAGGACAGUGAGAGAAAGAACUUCUGUUUUCUCUCCUUAUUUUUUAUUUAUUCGCUUUAAAACCAGCGCUCGUCCCACUGUUCAGGUCAAUCAGACUCAAAGUGAUAUACCUCUUACUGUAAUUCUCUUUCCUGAUAUUAUUACAGCUCACCUGUAUUCGUAUUUCCCCCUGAUGAUAAUUACAGAUGCCUUUAUUUCUUGAUUUCUUGAUUUCUUGAUUUCUCAGUAGUUCUGCGAUCACCACCAUUAACUGUCUGUUUAGCAAACUUUAUUCCCAGGGGAUUAAAAACACAUGGUGGAGGCUCUAUUUCAGGUAAUUUUUUUAUAAAAGCAAUUUGAGAUGAGGAUAGAGGAAUGGAGGAGCUCUGUAUGCAAUUCCACUCCGAGUCAGAAGAGGGCUCUGUAUAGCAAGCAAAAAAAAAUUCAAAAUAAAAAAAAUUUUAAGGGAAAAAAGAGAGCGCAAAUGAGGCAUGACAAUUUGCACCAACAUGGAUUAAAUAUCAUGAAGUUUUCAUUAAUUAAUCAAUUAGUCAUCCAAGGUAGAAAUUUUAAAUCUAAUUCACCUGACAUAAAUCUUGAACAAUGAAAUUCUGCACAGAUGCUGCAGUAGAAACUAGAGUAUAAAUAAAUAAACAAACAAACAAAUAAAUAAAUAAAUAAAUAAAUAAAAUUACAACAAUGUUUAAAAAAAAACAGAAAAUAACCAAUAACAUUAGAAAGUUGUCAUGGACAGAUUUCAUAUUUUACAUAAUCCUACUUUGGAGAGUAUAGUUUUUUUUAUUAUUAUUAUAAUUGAAUUUUAAUAUUAUUUUAAAAAUGUAUUUAAUUUUCACUUCUACAUUUCAAUACUACAAGCAGAUUUGCAUCAUUUAUGGAGCAGAACUCUCAGUCAGGAUUCGGUUUAACGGAAUCAAAUGCAGGUGUGAAUUGGAGAUACAUACAUGUGAAUUAACUCCAGGUGAAACUGAGUCCACGUUGGUGCAAACUCACACUCAGAGGCAUUUUUACAGAUUUGUUUGGAUUGCACUGAGUGUUUUGUGACUGAUAUGAGGUUUAUUUCAUGGUGUAAAUAGAGAAUGAACUCUGAUAGACAACAUGUUUGAAGCUGAUUUUGGUUGCAUCUUCUUUCUUAUGUGCUGUACAUAUGAGUAUGUGAUAUGUUUUUCAAUCUUUUUUCCAGGAAAUAAAAUACAGUAAGCUUGC